AUGUUCCUGCUCGCAGUACUUCAUAUAGCACUAGACAUCCAUAUUGCUCUAUCAAGCUUCCUCAUGGAGGAUCGGAGUAUUGAGACUGUUGCAACACAGCUCGAUACUUUCAAUGCGGUGGCCGACGCUUUUGGCGCAGUGAAAUUCGCGAUAUACGUUACCCAGCUACUUAUUGGUGACGGGGUCAUGAUAUAUCGUGCGUAUGUCGUCUGGGAUCGCUCGUUCAAAGUGAUUGUACUUCCAUGUGUCUUCCUCGCUGGAGAGCUCAUACUCGGGUACUUCAUCUCACUUGCUGGACCGUACGCACCCAAAUCUUGGGCAAUGAAUACUAGGGCGCUCGUCAACGCGUUCUUCCUGCUCUCCGUCGUGACCAAUCUCCUUUCGAGCGGCCUCAUCAUGGCUCGGGUUCUUUCAUUCACGUCUCGUACCGAAAAAUUCAAACGCUUCUCUCAAGACUCGCAAGACGGACGGUUCAAGAGUAUAACACGACGCGUUGUCGAGUCCAUCCUCCAGUCCGCAGCAAUAUACUCGAUCGCGUCCAUUUCGCUCGCGGUCACCUCCUUCGCAAACUACACGGUCGCCUUCCCCGCAUGCCACAGCAUGUUCCCGUCUGUCAUCGGGAUGGUAUUUCUGCUCAUCGUGUUGCGGAUAUCAUCCAGCGUGAACGCUACGUCCAGACAUGGUUCGUUGCUUUCCCAGACAGGUGGCUCAGUCCUGUCGCUAUCGUCGGCGCCCUCGGGCGAAGAGAAGCCUGGUCUCGACGCCGAACGCGAAGGGCAUGGGCGCAAUAGCGAACAGAAGGACCGCUGGCGGCUGUCUUCCCCCAUCGCGAUUCACGUGUCGGUGUCGAGGACCUCGGAUUACGAGGAAGUCGCGACGCUUAGUCCGAGGUCGCCUCCUGUCAAUGGGGCUGCUCGGCCAGAAUGUUGAUCGUGGUCGUCGAGCGUCCCCGAAGCAUACCCCAUCUACUCC